AAAAAAAACAAACCUAGAAUGGGGAUAUCAUACAAAGAUAGUUUGUAAUACAAGCAGAACCUUAAAUUUGAUAGGAACGAUUACACUUGAAGUAGCAUGAUAUUCUUCCUCAUCAAGAAAAAAAAAAAAACGUCAUAUACCUCAGAACCUCUUUCUAUUCUUGUUAUUCCAUCUCAUCGAUAAAAUCAAAAAAAGAUAAGACUCUCCCCCCCCCCACACAUACAAAAUGCACUUUUGGGAAGUGUGGCUGACAUUGAAUGAAACCUAACAACGCCCAAACACAAAAGUUUUCUUUCCUCCUCCCCUUUUUUAUGAAAUCAUAUAAAUAAGGGGGGGGGGGGAUGAGAAAGGUGACAUAUUUUCUUUUUCUUUCUCUUUAUCAUUUUUUUUUUCUGCUUUUCUCAUCAUGUCUGAGGCUUCAGACUCUAAAAGACCGCGUAAUGCCGCACCUAUCCCUUUUGGUGGUAGACAUCAUAAUAUAUCACCUCCCUAUGAUGAGUUCGUAGGAUCUCUACCGACAGCUUCACCGUCCAUGUACAGCGAGUUUAAUGUCGUAUUAGACGAUGGAACACUUCAAAAAAGAACAGUCUCUUUAUCUACUUUACCCGAUGAUCUGGGUGAAGUGUCGGGUGUGGAAGAUAACGAUGAAGAUGACGAAGAUCCACCCGAUAUCCAUGAUAAUCCCGAUGAAAAGCUUAAACGAACCAGUCAGGAAACACUGGAUACAACACCACUUUUACAAGAUCAAAAGAAGAAAUCGUAUGCAAGUAUAGCAUCAUUGCAGCAUUAUGAUAUCGAUUCUACCACAUCCAAUGAAGAAACAGAUUCAGAUAACUCUUCUCCACACCCCUUUAAAAGAAACCGUUAUAAAAAACUACCCGACCCACAACACCCGUCUUCAUUAAAAAUGAAACCUUCCCUUUGGAGUCGAUUGAAAUCAUCGGUUGAAUUAACACCUCAACAUCGUCUGGUACUCAAGUGUAGCUUUGCUUAUAUCCUCGGUUGUCUCUUCACGUUUGUCCCUCAACUCAACGCUCUCAUCGGUUACAACCAUGUCUCCAGUCAUCUUGUAGCCACCGCCACCGUCUUCUUCAACCCUGCCAAAUCCUUGGGGGGUAUGGUCGAAGCCGCUCUUUACGGUUGGGGUUAUACCCUUUUCGCUCUUCUCGUCUGUAUCGGUUCUAUGGCCACCACAGAUUAUUUCGUAGACAAGGAUUUAUUCACCGUAGCUCAUGUUAUCUCUUUGGGUUUUUGGCUCGCUGGAUCCACUUUUACUGUCGCCUUUUUGAAAGCUCAUUGGAAUAAACCUCCCGUGGCUACAGCAUCCAGCUUAUGUUUCAUCAUUAUUUUUAUCAUUGUGGUGCGUGAAGGUUCUGCCAAUCGAGGUGAUUUCGAUACUACGCGCAUACAACAAAUCACCACCGCCGUUGCCACAGGCACACUGAUCACUGUCUCCUGUUGCGUCUUGUUUUGGCCCAUCUCCGCCAGUAAAAAGCUAAAAAAAGAUCUUGAAGCAACACUCAUGUCGUACAAGGUACUUUUGAAACUCUUGACCAAAACUUUUUUACUGGAUGAUGAUCUUCCCGAAUUCACCGCCAAUAACUCCUUACAAACCGCCAUUGAUUCACAUCGUGCUAGUUUUGUUUCAUUACAAAAAUCCCUCAGUGAAGCUAAACUCGAGGUCUUUUGGAGUGACGAAAUUCGGGGUUGUACUCAUGAAUAUGAUGCACUUGUCAAAAGUAUGCAACGUUUAGCUCAAUCGGUCGGUGGUCUUCGAAGUAGUUGUGGACUUCAAUUUGAGUUACUCCAACAAGACCUUCCCUCCAGAAAAUCAAGAGGUCACGUCCAAAAAAACAAAAAGAAAGAAACCUGGAACAUUCGAGCCGAUCAUCAUCGUCUCAAACUCGAAGGGGAAAUGAAACGUCAAAGACAACAUCAUCAGGCAGACGAAGACCCUUACGCUCAAUUACCCAAUCAUCAUAGUCAUGGGGACAACGAUCCUAAGGAUGGCACACUGAUCGAGUUUAUUCAUACCAUUCGACAACCCUUAAAAUCACUCGCCUACACCUGCAAACAAACCAUCUUACAUCUCCAAGUUGGUUUCUCCGAUAAACCACGCACCGGUCCCGCAGAUGAAACUCUCAAGGCAAACCUCAUCAAGGCCAUCGCUCUCUUUGAGGUAUCACAACGUCAAGCCGUCAAAAGACUGAACCGUCAUCGUCGUCAAGUUCAUUCUACAGAAGGUUACGCUCCCAAAGAAGAUGUCUUUCUCGUUUAUUUUUUCGUCUUUAAUAUGAUUGAAUUCGCUAGAGAACUCAUUUGUCUCGUAGAAUCCGUACAAGCCCUCUCCCUUGCCAAAGAGAAAAGGCAAUCUGUCUUGGCCCUUUUCACCCACGCCUUCUUUUUAAAACCUUGGUCACAUCUUCAAGCAAACUCAACAACAACAAAGGCCAACACAUUUGUACCCAAUGAAAGGCACAAGAUGGAUACCUUACAUACUCCCGUCCCAAAGACAAAAUGGAGACAAAUCGUUCUCAAGCUUUGGAGAACAUUCUCCCUUUUUAAACUUCAAAAAAUGCGUUAUGCUACCAAGGCAACACUUGCCGUCGUUAUCUUGGCCAUACCCGCUUUUCUUCAAUCAACAGGUCUUUGGUUUCGUAAUUGGCGUAUGGAAUGGGCCUUGAUUACCUUGAUGGUUGUGAUGACACCCACAGUGGGUGGUACAAAUCUAGUAGCCAUCUACCGUAUUUACUCAACCACCCUAGGUUGUUUUGUAGCCAUGUGUCUCUAUUUACUCUUUCCCGAUAAUAUGUAUCUUCUCAUCCUCUGUACCUGGCUUUUCUCCAUUCCUAACUUUUGGAUUAUCUUACAUCACAAACACGGUAAAUUCGGUCAAUUCACCUUACUCGCCUACAAUCUCGUCAUGCUCAACAAGUACAAUGACAGAGAAACCCAUCGCAUCGAAGUCACUCAUUUAGCCUUACAACGUUGUCUCUCCAUUUUCGCUGGCGUCAUCUUUGGUCUCUUCGCCACCGCCUAUGUCUGGCCCUAUGAAGCCCGUGUGGAAUUACGUAAAGGUCUAUCGGAUUUCUUACUUCGUUUAGCUUGGCUCUACCAAAAGCUCGUGUCCGUCUAUUCCGAACGUCCAGAUUCAGACCUCAUGAUUCCCAAUGAUGACUCGCAGGUAGAUCGUACACGAUCGAAACGACAACAAACAAGUCAAGUCUUGAUGGACAUCGAAUUAGGCCUUCAACGCACCUUACUUGAACUCUCCGAUCUUUUAAAACAAACUCCCAAUGAACCCAGACUGAAAGGUGCUUUCCCCGUAGAUACCUAUAGUAAAAUACUCGCUUCCUGUCAAAAUAUCACCGAUAAAUUCGCUUCCAUGCGUACCGUCAUUCUCAAGGACGCUUGGUUUGAAGACGUUCAAGCAGAUUUCAUUGUACCCGUCAGUCAAGAACGCAAAGAAAUGGUCGGUAACGUCUUGCUUUAUUUUUAUAUACUCGCUUCCGCCAUGCAUCUCAAAACUCCUUUACCCCCUUAUUUACCACCGGCUCGCAAGGCUUGGGAAUCUCUCAUCCUACGUUUACGUCAAUUACCCGUCGUUCAAUCCAAGCAGUUACUCGAAAAGGAUCAUGUCUAUUUGUUUUAUUAUGCCUAUGUCACCGUCUUGGAAGACAUCAUUCGUGAAUUGGAUAAGCUUGGAGGAAACAUGACUUUAUUGUUCGGAGCCAUUGUUCCUGAAGAUCAAUGGGAGAGUUUAUUUGAAGUAUGGGAUGUCGAACAUCACACUAAAGCAGUAGCCCUGUGAACGGAUGCAUAAACAAUAAAAAUUGUAAAUUUUUUUGAAAAAAAAAAAAAAAA